AUGGCGGAUAUGCCAACAUUUGAAGUUAAAGAAGCUUGUCUUGUAUUUGUACUGCUUUACUUCCAAGGCUAACGAUGCUGCCGUUCAGAAAUAUUAUAUACAUUGUUUUGGUUGCUUUUGCCGUUUCUACCGUAGCUAUCGCAUUUGCUAUCUUAUCGAAGCAUAAAAACUCGACGACAUCUCURCUGAACACGAAGGUCGAAGUUGACACUACAAGACCUGUUCRRAAAGUCAGCACCAAGUUUUUAUCUGUUUCUUUUGAUAAUAGACUACUACAGCAACACUGGGUUAACUUUAAUUUCUCUUCUGCGAGGAUAUACCGGCUUGCACAGRGUCUAGCUCCUGCGUAUCUUCGAAUUGGUGGAACAACAGAAGAUUGGUUGAUUUAUCAAAAUGAAUCUAAGCCUGAUAACGUCUAUCCAACUUCUUCGUCUGUUCCACAUUUCCAGAGAGAUAAUUUUACAGAAUAUAACAUAACAAACGAUGAUUUAGAUAAGAUUCACCUGAUUGCCAGUAAAGCUGGAUGGAAAGUGCUGUUUGGUCUCAAUGUGUGUCUGAGAACUCGAGGUGGAACCUGGAAUUUCUCUAAUCCCCUACAGAUCAUGCAGUAUGUGGCCAGCAAAGAAUACGACUUUGGCUGGGAACUGGGAAAUGAACCAGACCUUCUCGGCCGAUGGGGAAAAGCCAUUCAGCCCAAGAUUCUUGGUCAAGAUUUUGUUACCUUGAGAAAUAUUCUAAAUAGAAACCCUGAGUAUGGUAAAUUCAUGGUUGGACCUGAUCUAACUCGACCAAAGAAUAAAUCAAUGGACUUCUUAAAGGAAUUCUUGUCUGUAGCAGUUGAUGCAGUUGAUAGAAUAACAUGGCAUCAAUACUAUUUUAACUCCAGRACUUGUAAAUUACAAGAUUUCUACGAUCCCCAGAUACUUGACUACUUGUUGCACCAGUUACAACUACUUAACGCUGUGCUUUCAAAAAYUGCACCUGACAAGCGUCAUUGGUUGGGAGAAACUGCAACAGCCUGGGGAGGUGGUGCUUAUGGCAUGUCCAACAAAUAUGUCGCUACGUUUACAUGGAUGGAUAAGCUUGGCCUUGCAGCACGACUUGGAGCAGAGAUUGUUGUAAAACAGACAUUUUUCCAUGGGAAUUAUGCCCUAAUUGAUGACGAUUUGAACCCCACUCCCAACUACUGGCUGUCACUUCUUCAYAAACGUCUUGUUGGGCAGACAGUGUUGGAUGUUAAGGAUGGUUUACAAGAGGGAAGGGUAGUCAGAGUGUAUGCUCACUGUACGGACACUAGGACUGGACAGUACAGUAAAGGCGCUGUKACCGUUAUGAUUAUCAACCUCAGUYCAUCCCAGGAUGCAGUGGUGUCGUUGACAGGCACAUUGGGUACUCGUCAUGUUGACCAAUACCUGCUAACAGCAGAUGGAGCCUUGACGUCACAGUUUGUCUUACUAAAUGGCGUACGACUAGCCAUGCCUGAUGACCACACAUUGCCAGCAAURCAGCCUGUUACCAUAGAUACAGGACAUCAUUUACAUAUUCCUUCAUUAGCUCUUGGUUUCUUUGUUGUACCUCAGGCUCAAGCAGACGAGAUGAAUAUGUUGGUCGCUGUGUAUAAUAUCGUUUUUCAAACAGCUCUUAUUUCUUUUCUAAUAUUCCCUUCGCAAAGCACAAUACAUCAAGAAAUUACGGUCGAUUUGUCGAGAGGGGUUCAUCGAGUSAGYGAGAAGUUCCUGUCCGUCGCCUUCGGUAGUGGACUCUUACAAGAACAUUGGUCGCACUUUGAUUUCUCGUCUGCUCGAGUAUUUACACUUGCACGAGGUCUUGCACCAGCUUACGUUAGGUUUGGUGGUACGGCAGAGUGCUGGUUGCAUUACAUUGCAAGAGGCAAGGAAAAACACAGYCCASUCCCCUCGCUGCUGCACAAGAACUUCACUGACUUUAAUAUCACCAGCGAUGAUUUAGAUAAGAUUCACCUGAUUGCCAGUAAAGCUGGAUGGAARGUACUGUUUGGUCUCAAUAUGUGUCUGAGAACUCGAGGUGGAGCCUGGAAUUUCUCUAAUCCCCUACAGAUCAUCCAGUAUGUGGCCAGCAAAGGAUACGACUUYGGCUGGGAGCUGGGAAAUGAGCCGAACCAUCUUGGGAAGUUUAAAAGGUUUGUCGAGCCAGAAAUCCUCGGUAAAGACUUUGUUACGUUGCGAAAACUUCUAAAUGAUCACAAGAAAUACGGCAACGUUCUGGUUGGACCUGAUAUCACCAGACCUAAGAACCAAUCGAUGGAUUUCCUCAAGAGGUUUCUUUCUGUGGCUGUAGAUGUUGUUGACGCGAUAACGUGGCACCAAUACUAUGUCAACAAAAAAACCUGUGAACUACAAGAUUUCUACGAUCCUGAAAUCUUUGACUACUUGUUACGUCAGUUACAGUUGAUCAACAGUGUGCUUUCAAAAGCUGCGCCGGACAAGCGACACUGGAUGGGAGAAACUGCAACAGCUGUAGGGGGAGGUGCUCCUGGUUUAUCGAACACAUAUGUGGCUACUCUGUCGUGGCUGGAUAAACUUGGUCUUGCAGCUCGAUUGGGUGCUGAGGUCGUCAUGAAACAAACGUUCUUCCAUGGUAGUUAUGCACUAGUAGACGACGAUCUAAACCCUAUGCCGAACUACUGGCUGUCACUUCUUCACAAACGUCUUGUUGGGCAGACAGUGUUGGAUGUUAAGGAUGGUUUACAAGAGGGAAGGGUAGUCAGAGUGUAUGCUCACUGUACGGACACUAGGACUGGGAAGUAUGAAAAAGGCGCUGUUACUGUCAUGAUUAUCAACCUCAGUACAUCCCAUGAAGCAGUGCUGUCGUUGGCAGAGCCAUUGGGAGGUCACUUAGUUGAUCAAUAUCUACUGACACCUGGAGAAUUGACGUCACAUAAUGGCAACUUAACGUCAACAUUUAUCUUACUAAAUGGCGCAGAACUGGASAUGCCUGAUGACGACACGUUACCAGACCUCCAGCCCGUUACCUUGGAUACAGGAUAUCAUUUACAUAUUCCUCCUUUAGCACUUGGUUUCUUUGUAGUACCGCAGGCUCAAGCAGAAGCCUGCACUGAUGUCACUAGUUAUUGACUUGGAAAUGGAAAGACAAACAAACAUUUGGAUGCAGAUUUUAAAUCUGUUUAAGUAAUAAUAGAUUUUAGCCCUCCUUUUCCUACCUUA